AUGCAACACCGGAUAUCACCUAGAACAAAGGCGACCCAUCCGGCGGCGCAUAGGUCCAGCAAGGACCCUUCUUCGGCUCACCAGCUUGUCCACCCAACGGACGAUCCAAAGAUCACGUUCGCUCCUCGCAGUCCAAGGGAUCAAACAAAGGAGCAAGAGCUCAUUUUGCCCAAGGCCGACAAGGACCAGCAGCCCAGGCACGACUCGCUCUACUCUCCAGAGGCACCUCUUCAUCUUCUCAUGGCAAAACCUGCUCGUAACAAUGCGCCAACUGUCAGUUCUGAUGACAGCGAUGAUAUCGAUAAGGAGGGAAGGGGGCACCGUGGUCAAGUUCGCAACAACGGGGAGGAGGAGGACGAUGACGAGGAAGAGGACGAUGAUGAUAGCGAAUACGACGAGGACAGCAUGGAUGACGAGGAUGAGAGCGAGUUGGACGACAGCGAUAUUGACGACGAUGAUUACUCGGACAGCGGGAGCGACCACACCGAGACAGAGUCCUCGACCCAUAUGUCUUUGGCGAGAGACGAUCCUCACCAGAUACUGCCAAUAAGUAGCGAAACCACUGUCUCCCAUCCCGCCAUUAACAUCAACACCAAUACCAACACCAACAACAGCAACGCUGUGUCGCUGACGACUACCCCUGACCUCUUGUCCAAAGGCGUUCACCCCAUCAGCGCACAGCGAGCUCAGCAAGAAGUGUUCAAGCAGCUGACCUUGGCGGCAGGCGCUUGGAACAUCAACCCCGACAGUAGCAAUAUGCAGGAACCCUAUCGUGCCGAAUAUAGCAGCACCGAGAGCAACUCAGGCAGCAAAAGCAAUAACGAUCGCAGUAUCUCCUCCACAAACGCACCCAUCCAUGUGAGAGACAACGGGAUGGAUGAGCGUGUGUUGAUGCUUGAGACAGUCAGGCCGCGAGACGGACGACCCUUGUCCUCGACCACACAUAGUCCAACCUCACGCGGUCACGCAUCUGCCUUACCGCCGUUACCAUCGACAGAUACAAAUACACCGACCACGCGGAUGUCUCACCAACAGCAGCAACAGCACCUCCAGCAGCAGAAUCGGCAACGGAUACCAGAUCAAGGCACAACUUCGAGUCGCUCUUCGACCAGUGGAUCUUUGUCGUCCCCUGGUGAUGCGUCUCAAGUUGCAAAAGCUCGGAUGCUUCCUUACGUGGAGGACGACGCCGAGGACGAGGACGAUUAUUCGGGAGAAGAUGAAGACGAGGAUGAGGACGAAGACGACUAUUCGUACUCGGAGGAUGAGGAUGACGAGGAAGAAGAGGAUGAGGAGGAUGAAGACUCGUCUUCUGAAUACCACUAUGGCGCCAAGGAUGACCCAACCAACAAGUCCAACAAACCUCGAGCACCACCACCUGGACAAUAUACCCGAUCCAUGUACACUCAUUACCGACCCCCGAGAUUGGAUGAGAACUACCUGCGGAAGCGAGCCAUCACCAAGCAGGUCGUCCGUAGGUCCAGCCUCACCGCUUUGUUGGGGGAGGUAUCUCAACCGGCACCACCUCCCCUCACUCUUCAAGCCAAAAACUUUACGAUCCAUCCUACUGGCUCGCCUCUCGGUCAACAAGUUCAUCAGAGCGCCCAAGUCGCACGUCGUCCAGGACUCACGGAUGUCUGGCCAGCGCCUGGUCCCUUUCCCGAGCCCCUGUCAGCACAGCAUCAGGAAGAGCACAACGCACUGAAGCCUUACAGUGGCAGUUCAGACAGUGGACGUACCACUUCCACCGUGCCUGGGCUUCGACCAGGCAGCAAUCUCUCCGAGCAGAACCGUCGACUCAUGUUGGGACCCAACGCAGCCGCAGCCGUCCUGUCUCAAGAGCCAAACCGACCACGUCGAACGGAUUCUGGAGUUGAGGUCAAGGGUUCGCCACAUCAGCAUCGCAGCUCCGGCUCUGGUAGUAGCGAUAGUAGGAACUCGAAUGAGCGCCAGUCGACUCGACGGGCUGACGUCUCGGUGACGGAAUCGUCGUCGCCGGUGCAGUCUUCCAACGGGCCAAGUCAAAUCCCCACCAUCAUCAUCGUCCCAGCUCGUCGCCCGAGAAUGAAGUCAGAAGGAGACGCUCCUGAUGUGCAGGAGUCAUCUUCGGUCGGGGCCAACUUUAAUGUAUCGACGACCGCUUCUCCGAACGGAGCCACAGAUGUCUCGCAGGUCGUCAAGCAGCCGUUAAAGUCCUCGAUCAGCUGCCAUACCUUCCCUCGCGCCGCUGGCAAGCGUGUUGGUCGGAAACACGUUUCCUGGCACCACUCACUCUUCCCUACUGAGCGUGUCCUGCGUGUCAAGCCAAGUAUACCCAGUCUGUCGAACGUUGCGGUCGAGUCGGCCGAGGCGACGCUUUCGCAGCUCCCCACUAUCCCUGUGAUGGCCAGGGACAAUAUCAAGGACUUUCAGCAAUCAAUUCGCUGUCUGCGCACCCUUUCUCGGGAAGAGAUCACCAAGAUGAGCUACAAGCAGCAAGGACGACAAGAGCUGACAUCGACUGUGCCUAUCUCCAAGUCUGCCAACGACGCAUCUUCGUGGUGGAGUCUCUCACGCUGGCUUAAAGGACCUCCAACAGUUGACAAGAGGCAUUGGAAGCCUGACUCCUCCCGCGAGACAUGCGCCUUUUGCUUUGCCCCUUUCCAUCGACUGACCAACCCACGCCAUCACUGCCGCAAAUGCGGCGAUAUCUUUUGCGGCAAAUGUGCAAGCGCUGAGAUCUUGAUGGAUGCCAAGAACUGCGUCUAUGUCCAGCAAUCCCAGCUCGCCCGGUGGUCGCGCAGAGUCGACAUUCAGCGCCACAACCUCUGGAUCGAUACUCUCCCACAGCUACACCCUGUUCGCACAGCUGCCGAAUCUGCCCUGGUUGCAGGAUCAGGUGUAGGUAGCGCGCCAAUGCUCGGAACAAUGGACGGCACUGGCUCAGUCGGACACGCGUCUGGAAUGAAUGGCGGCCUUGGCGGAGUCGGCAUGGGUCAGCGCAGUUUGAACGGAAGUGGCAGCGGAGGUAGACGAGGAUCCUGGCAAAUGGCUCCGUCGGCGAUGAAAAAGUCUCGAGUCAGUAUUUUCGGACUGUUUGGACAAGGGACCACAGGCACAGGCCCCGCACCUCACCAGUCGGAUUCGAGACGAGGCAGUGUCGACAUCAGCGCUGCCGAGAAUGUCUAUGCCAAUCACUACGGUCACCUGCAACCUCACCACUCUGUGGCCUUUUCAUUGGGCAGACGAUCCAGCUCGUCCUCUAUCUUGAGGGGUAAUAACACUGUGGGAGGAUCCGGACACAUGAUGAACAUGGGACCCUCACCUCUGGCUUUGAGCAACGAAGGUGCGAUCGCAAUGUCUCGGAGGAUGAGCUCUGGUGGCGUUGGUGAGGUCUGCCUGGCAAGGAUCUGUGUCGGAUGUGAGCGAGAGUUGCUCAAGCCAGUUCCGAGAUGUACUUCGAUUGCAAAGUACUAUGGCUCCCUCGGCCCCAGGAAUGGGGCGAGACGUCAGAUGCAUGGAUACUCCAGUCUAGGCCCCCAUUCAGGUCGACAGCAGCAGCAACCGCAGCACCAUCAGCAACAGCACCAUGCCAGUCCGCCUCGGCACCCUAUGGACGACAAUGCGGAUCGAGAUCCUGACCCAACUGUGACGGCACACAAUGACUAUCUUGCUCAUGGUGUUCGUCGCCACUCUCCCCUCCGACAGACAACGAUUUACUCGUCCAACAUGGACCACACUGCUGUAGAGCACCAGCCUCAACAACAACGACCAAUGUCGCCUGGAGGAGCGGGCACUGGAGGACAUCGACAUCAACAACAGCAACAAUACCACUACCAACAGCACCAGCAUAACAACGACAACCAUAAUGGCGGCUGGGCAUCGAGAGAUGAGCCUGUGGGACCCCACGGCGAGUCGAGAUACUGCCCCAGUGUCUUGACAUUCCAGGAACAACAGCUCCACUACACGCAGCAGACGAACGGACCUCUGUCUCGCGAACUGUGUUGA